AUGAAGACAGUACAAUCUAUCUUUAGGCAACCAAUAUGUUUGUCGAAUAAAUUAUGCUUCCGUAGUUACUCAACAAAACUUCAGGAAGCUCCUUCUUCCUGGAAGGCAAUGCUAAAUAUAAAGUAUGUAUACGAGCAUGCGGGUGAAAUCCAUCAAAAUUGUAUAGAUCGAAAUAUGCACAAAGUCGCAGAAACGCUACCAAAAAUCAAAAACUUAUAUGAAGAGCUUAAUAUAGUUCGAAAUCGGCUGGCUCCACAAGUCCGUGAGAAGAACAGAAUUACUAAAUCAAUCAAGUCUUCGAAAGAUAUGCAGCAUCGGAAUUCUUUAGUUACUGAAGCAAAAAACAUUAAAACUGAAAUCGACUCUACUGAAAAAAUCGCUUCUGACAUUCAGAAGAAGCUGUAUCAUUACUGCCUAAGCCUGCCAAAUUCCACUUUACCUAGUGUACCUAUAGGGUCUGAAGACAACGCUAUUUGCGUUGCUACAAUAGGAGAAGAAAAAAAAUUGAACAAUUGCACCAAGGAUCAUUUAGAACUUUCUGGUAAUGAUAUCGAUUUGCUUAGUGCUUCUGAGACAAGCGGUCAUGCAUUUUGUUAUGUCAAAGGGGAAGUUGCUGAGUUAGAAAUGGCUCUUAUAAAUUAUGCUAUUGAUUUUUCAAAAUUAAGGGGUUGGUCCCUUGUGAUUCCCCCAACCGUAGUCCGCACUGAUGUUGCUCUUGCUUGCGGCUUUCAACCUCGAGAUGAACAGGGUGAGCAAAUCUAUCAGUUAGAAGAUCAGAAAGAAAGUAGCUCUCCUAAACAGUGUCUUAUCGGAACUGCUGAAAUUAGUCUAGCUUCCUUAGGCUACAAGCAGACUUUUCAUGAUCUAAAGGAAAAACGAGUCGUCGGAGUUUCUCGAUCCUAUAGACGGGAAGCUGGUGCUCGCGGUCGAGACACGAAAGGCUUGUACAGACUUCACGAAUUUACAAAGGUUGAAUUAUUUGCCUGGACUCAUCCGAGUCAAUCUUCAAGGGUAUUUGAAGACAUUGUAAAACUUCAAACCGACUUUGCACAAAGUUUAGGUCUUUCAGCGAGGGUAUUGAAUAUGCCAACUCAAGAGCUUGGCGCUCCAGCUGCUCAAAAGUACGAUAUCGAAGCAUGGAUGCCUUCGAGGGCAAAUUUUGGUGAAAUUUCUUCUACGUCGAACUGCUUAGAUUAUCAGUCACGAAGAUUACUUACAAGGUAUAAAAAUCCAAACGACACUGGAUUCGUUCACACGCUUAACGGAACUGCUGCUGCCAUUCCUAGGCUUAUUAUUGCUUUACUCGAAAAUCAUCAGCAACUUGACGGAACGGUGGUUUUGCCGCAAUGUCUGGUCCCUUAUUUGAAGAAAGAAAGGCUUUUUGUUAAGACGAAAAAUACAUGCUUUAGAUGA